AUGUACAGUGAAGCUUCUGGACAACUUACUAAUUUUGACAAAUCCGGAGUGAUGUUCUCAUCCAAUGCAUCUGCAACACUCCAUAGCUCCAUCUGCUCUUCUUUGGGUGUUUCACAAGCCAACCUUAAAGCUAAAUAUCUGGGCCUACCUUCUUCAUGGGGCAGAUCUAAAGCUGAAACUUUUGGGUCCAUGAUUGAAAAAGUGUUGAGCAAAAUGCAAAGGGCAUGGUCAAGCCUCCUCAAAGGUAGGGAACUACUCCGAAAUGGGCUCCGAUGGCAAAUCCAAAGCGGCAACCUUGCCUACUUUUGGGAGGACAAGUGGGUACCCUCUACUAAAGACUUCAAAAUUGCUUCCCAUAAACCUCCUUACUGUACUGUUCAAAAAGUCGCUGAAGUUAUUGAUCCCACUCAUAAAAUAUGGAAGUGUGAAAUUCUCAAAGAGUGGCUUUUGAAAGAAGAUUUAGAGGCUGUUCUUGCCAUCCCAAUUGCAGCAGUUAAUAGAGAUGAUCUUUUAAUAUGGCACCACACUCCAUCGGGAGUUUAUUCAGUCAAGUCGGGCUAUGCCUUAGCCAAGCAGAUCUGCCACAACUCCAAUGGUUCUAAUAAGCCCUCCGGAUCUCUCAUCCUUGGCACUGAUUUUUGGAAUUCAAUUUGGGAUCUAGAUGUUCCACCCAAAAUCCGACACUUUUGGUGGAGAGUCUUCCGUAACUUGUUGGCAACAAAGCUGGGUCUGUUUAGGCACAAGUGUGCAUCUUUUGGUGAAUGUCCUAUCUGCAGGAAAGGUGAUGAAUCUGUGGAGCAUCUCCUGUUUGAUUGUCCCUGGACCAAAGGUGUUUGGUUCGGUAGCUCCUUAAAUAUGCGAGUAGAUCCAGGCUCGAUUACAAAUGUGACCAGGUGGACCAAUGACCUUUUGCAGGGAGCUGUUUUGGCUGUAAUUCUUAGAGACUCAAAGGGAAACCUUCUGGAUGGUUGUGCUAAGUCUUGUGAGGCUUCGUCUGCAGCACAAGCCAAGGCACAUGCAAUUCGUCUAGCGUAUCUUAUGGCUCAAGCUCUCAACCUCUCGCGAGUGGAAAUCGAAAGUGACAACAAAUCGGUGAUCUCUCUUUGCAUUUUCGAAACAGUUCCACCAUGGGAGUAUAGUGCUAUUAUCCUAGAUAUUCGAGGGCUUGCUUCUCCAAACUCUAUUUCUUUUUCCUGGACAAGAAGAACCAACAAUGAAGCAGCACAUUGGGUUGCAAAGGCUUGUCUUUCUAAGUCCUUACCUGUAAAUUGGGUUGUAUGCCCACCUGCUACUCGUCUCCAUACUCAUUUUUGA